AAAAUAUUGUCCUUCUCAGUAAUGGCGGCUUCCUUUCCUUCUCCUUCUGCAACAAACAACAACAAAUGGUACUUCACCAGAGAACAGAUCGAGAAUAGCCCGUCUCGCCGAGCGGGGCUUGAUCCAGACAAGGAAUUGUCCUACAGACAGCAAGCUGCGAACCUUCUACAGGACAUGGGACAACGACUCAAUGUGUCCCAGCUAACAAUUAAUACUGCCAUUGUGUAUAUGCACCGAUUCUACAUGAUCCAGUCAUUCACCAGGUUCCACAGAAAUGUCAUAGCUCCAGCAACACUAUUCCUGGCUGCAAAGGUUGAGGAGCAGCCCCGCAAGUUGGAGCAUGUUAUCAAGGUGACCCAUGCAUGCCUCAACCCUCAGGACCCAUCACCAGAUGUCCGCAGUGAUGCUUACCUGCAACAAGCCCAAGACCUGGUCAUUCUUGAGAGCAUUAUACUCCAGACCCUGGCCUUUGAAAUCACCAUUGACCACCCACAUACUCAUGUUGUCAAGUGCACCCAGCUAGUAAGAGUUGUUCCAGCGAGUAAGGAUUUGGCCCAGACAUCAUACUUCAUGGCUACCAACAGUCUACACCUGACCACAUUCUGCCUGCAGCACAGCCCGCCCAUUGUGGCCUGCGUUUGCAUCCAUCUGGCCUGCAAGUGGUCCAACUGGGAGAUCCCUGUCUCCACAGACAGCAAGCACUGGUGGGAGUAUGUGGACAAUACUGUCACCCUCGAGCUGCUGGAUGAGCUCACCCACGAGUUCCUGCAGAUCUUGGAGAAGACACCAAGCCGAUUAAAACGUAUUCGCAACUGGAAAGCGGCAGGUCAGACAGUGAAGGGAGGGAAGUCCAAGGUGCCAGAGGACGGGGAUCAGACAGAUGGCAUGAUGAGCAUGGUCUCCAUGUCGUCGUCUGAGAUCACGCUGGGCGGCCUGAUGAGCCUCUCCAACCCCUCUUCUUCUUCCUCCUCCAUGGCUCCCAUACUACUGGAGCUCAAGUCGACCCUGGGCAGUGGCUCCGACCAGCCCAGCCAUGCCGAGCUGCACGCCCCGGCCAAGGUGUCACUGAGCGAGUACCGGGCCAAGCACGCUGACGUCCUGGCUGCUCAGAAGAGGAAGCUGGAGAACAUGGAGGCCAGCGUGAAGAAGGAGUACGCCACGGCAGCCCAGGCUCUGAUAGGCCAGCAGCAGAGGAAGGAGAAGCACCACCGUGACCAGCAGCAAUCCAGCUCCCACCAUUCCAGCUCAGCCUCCUCUGGCCUCAGCAGCCCCUCGCCCAUCAUCCUCAAGAUACCCCUGGAAAAGGAGAGGGGCGAGCGCAGCUCCCUGAAGAUGCACCUCCCUCUGGGGUCUGGGGGAGGCGGGGGGCACAGUGGAGGAGGGAACAGAGGAGCAGGAGGAGAAAAGGACAUCAAAGUGAGAAUCCGGGUGCCUGAGAAAGUACGAAGUGGAGGCUCGGGAGAGGAGGGGGGCAAGAGUAGGGAGGGAAAGCACAGAGAACGCUCCAACCACCAUCAUCAUCACCACCACCAUCAUUCAUUGUCGUCUUUGAGCGGUGCUUCUGUCUCUUCAUCCUCGUCACAUAAACACUCAGCCAGUGCUGUAGGAGGAAGCAGCAGCAAAAAAGCCUCCAGUGACUCUGCUAGAAUGAGCUCCUCUUCUUCCUCUGCGUCUCGAAAGAGGACACAUUCCACGGAGUCCCAGGGCUCCCACCCCUCCAAAGUCUCUAAGUCCUCCAGGAACUCAGCCCACCAACUGCCUGCUCUUUUAGCUGCCUCUGGAGCACACUCCCUGGGGGCGCACCCCACUGACAUCCUCCCCUCCCUGGGUCUCCCCUCCCUCCACCAGGGAAACUACUCUCACGCCAAGGGGGACAAGCCGGACACUAACGGACACAAUGCAGGGGUUGGCAGCCAGUCGAAUGAGUACCAGGACACGUUUGAGAUGCUGAACUCUUUACUGAGUGCUCAGGGGGUCCAGCCUGCCCAGCCUCCCAUGUUUGAUUGCCGGUCUCAGUACGGGGAGUACAGAUACAGUGGAGGGUCUAGGGGGGGGUCUCGACCGCCACCUCUGCCUGCUGAACCUCCACCUCCGCUACCCCCUCUACCCAAAUGAAGAGGUGAAUUAAUGACAGUGUAUCUGUAGACACAUCAUCCAACCAUGUUACAUAAGAUAUUUGCUCUGUGAAUUUUUUGUCCCUUUUAUGUGUUUGUAUGGAUCAUGUUUUGUGGUUUUCAACUUGACAGCAAAGAAAUGUACUAAUACAUACUUUUCAGUGAUGUGCUGAAGUUUCUCCCUCAUUACAUCAUAUCCAAUACAUCUGUGGGGCAAUAACAGGAGGUGUGAAAGAAAAGCUUGCAAAAAUAUGAAACGAACUAAAUUAUUUAUUCACAAUGUAAAUACUUUUUUGGGAUGUUAUUCAGUUUGGAACUCAAAAUCAAAUGGAAUGGAAUGGCGGGCAUAAUAUUUGAGCCAUGGCUGUUUUAAAAGAAAGUCAAACAUUACAUGUUUUGAAUGCAUAGUAGAGGAAAUUUUAAAGUCUUGCUAACGAUUAGUCUUUUUCAGAAUGUUUUUGAAAUAUACUAUUUAUUAUUAGUAUUGAAUGCUUUUGAGGAAGUUUUCUUUCUUUACCAACUGCCUCCCCGGCCCUUUCUGCUGUGUCCUGUUAAACUGAAGGAUAGUUGAGUGCUCCUUAAACAGGCCUAUUUGAGAAUUCAUGUCUUCAAAGCCAUCGUUUUCAAAAAUGUUGUUUGUUUCAAAAUACUGUAGUCAUUGAAGCAUAGUUAUUUUUAUUUUUUUGUGUUUUAGUUUUGUAAUCUGCAUUAUUUGGUAAACAAUUGUUAUAUAUUAAUAAUGUAAAUUGGUGAAAGUGGACUCAAAUAUUUUUUACAUUUUGUUAAGAAAGAGGUUGCAAAAAAUCCUGUAAAUUGAUACAAGCCGUAUUUUAGUUCCUAGAUUUUUAUGUGUUGCAGUCAUUGUUUUAAAUGGUUGUAAAAUGUUAAUACUCAAAUAAUUACACUAACAUUCAGAGUUUAUACUACAGUACAUGCACUACAUGGCCAAAAGUAUGUGACACCCAUUCAAAUUAGUGGAUUUGUCUAAUUCAGCCAUACCUGUUGCUGAC